AUGUUGAACAUCACAACAUUAUUCAUGGUAGCGAUUGGUAUGAACAUAACCGACCAUAUAAACUUCACAACUGAUGUAAUGAGUAUCAACAACUCCGAGCUUCUCAACGCCAGUACCAUCAAUCCGACAAUUAUGGAAAUAGCCCUCACUACAAAAGCUGACGAUGGCGCUCAAGAACCCAAACAUAGAAUUCUAGCUAAGGAGGAUUACAUUGAAUACAAGGCAAGUCAGGCUAUUUGGAAAUACGUAUCCCCAUUCUUAAUAUUCGGCGGACUUAUUGGAAAUACAUUAUCAAUUGUCGUGUUGAUGUGUAGUAAGAUGCGCUAUACGACCUCUUCCUUGUACCUGACUGUUCUGGCAGUCUCAGAUAUGACAGUCCUUGUGAUUGGCCUUGGAAGACACUGGAUGCGCUCUGUGGUUGGUAAGGACAUUCGCGAAGUUGAAGAAUGGCUAUGUAAAGCGCAUUUGUUUCUUUUAUACUCAGCAGUGGACUUUUCCGCAUGGAUACUCGUGGCUGUUACGGUUGAUCGGGUCAUCACCGUUUACUUUCCCCUCCAGUCUAAACGCAUCAGUACCAGGAUUUCCACAUGUAUUACAAUGACCGUCAUUGUUGUCAUUAUUUUCCUUAUAAACGGUCAUUUCUUAUUUACACACGGGACCUACUAUUUGUAUAGGGGUACGGCCGUGUUUACAUACCUUUGCACCUACGUCGACGACAAUGAUUUCUUUCACAGGAUUGUCUGGACAUGGCUGGACUUAACAGUGGCCUCCUUGUUACCAUUCCUGAUGCUGAUCAUCUGUAAUGUCCUCAUCAUUGUCCAACUGAUGCGGUCGAAGAAACGCCGGCAAGAAAUGAACGUCAGUUCGUCAAGGACCGACCACACGAGGUCCAUGACCAUCAUGCUUUUGGCCAUAAGCUUUAUUUUUGUCAUCCUUACGAGCCCUAUUGUCAUCUACGAAGCGGGGUACCAGGAUUUCGCAAAGGAUAGGUCACCUCUUGGGAGAGCACGAGACGCACUUGUUUGGGCUAUUGUUAAUAUGUUUCUCUACUUGAAUCACGCAAUCAAUUUUUUCAUGUAUUGCUUGAGUGGUAGUCGAUUCCGGGAAGAGAUGAGAAGGUUGCUUUGUUGCACGGGUAUGCGGAGGCAGACCUCUUACAAUGGGGGCUACACAAAAACAUCAUCUUUGAAUUUGAAAGGCUCCAUGCAAUCUAUAGCUACGGUCAGUUCUCACGUCUCCCGUAAAAAACCGACGAUAACCACAAAACUCUAA